AUGGCUUUCAGACUGGCGGAGCAGCUCGAGGUGGAUCUCGAGCUCCAGGGCGUGACGGGCGUCGAGGACCGCCUGCAGGAGGGCGCGGCCAUGACCAUCAAGAAGCUGCGCCAAGCGGGCAUCCACGUCUGGAUGCUGACGGGCGACAAGACCGAGACUGCGCUGAACGUAGGGCUUGCCACCUCGUUGCUGGUGCCGGAGUCGCGGCUCUCGCGCUAUCUGUGGGACCGGGACGAGCCGAGCGGCGAUGGGCUUCUCCGCCAGCUCGACGCUGACCUCCGCGCGCUAGCAGCCUCUGCGUCCCGGCCUUCUGCAGCGAGUCCAAGCAGCGGCGAGGUUUGUGCGAACAAGGGCGACGAGGCAGCCGGCGAAGAGGGAAAGCCGCCCGAGGCGCUCAUCGUCGACGGCGAAGGCCUCGCGUUCCUCCUCGGCCGCCCCGACCGCCAGACACGCUUCAUUCAACUCUGCUGCGCCUGCCGGUCUGUGAUUUGCUGCCGCGUCGCACCCCAUCAAAAGGGAGCGGUUGUGUCUCUAGUGAAGGCGGCGACGCAGAAGGUGACGCUCGCGAUUGGCGAUGGCGCGAACGACUGCAACAUGAUUCGCCAGGCCCACAUCGGCGUCGGCAUUCGAGGCAACGAGGGACACCAGGCGUUCAACUGCUCGGAUUUCGGUUUAACUCAGUUCCGGCUGCUGCUGCCUCUGCUUCUCGUGCACGGACGGUACUGCUACCGGCGGGUGGCGACUGUCGUCCUCUACAUCCUCUACAAGAACAUUCUCCUCGUUUUUCCGCUGAUCUACUUUGGCUUCCUCUGCCUCUUCUCCGGCCAGCGCUUCUAUCCCGAGUUGCUCAGUCAGAUCUACAACCCGGUUCUAACUGCGGUGCCUAUCACCCUGUACGGGGUUUUCGAGCGAGACGUGGAUCGACACGCGUCGCUGAAGUUCCCGCUGCUUUAUCGGCUCGGUCAGAUGAACUCCUUGCUGAAUCCGCGGACGUACUUCACCUGGAUCUUCCGCGGCGCCUGGCACGCGGCAAUCAUUUUCGUUGUCGCUGUCUACGCAUUCGGAUAUGACAGCAUCCCUGGACCAAAUGGAAAGCCUUUCGAUAUGUGGAUGGUUGGCACGAUCGUCAUGGCUGCGAACUGCUUGGUCGCGAAUUUCGCCAUUCUCUUUGCGAGUUUCCGCAUCUCGUUUGUUAUUGUCUUUGGCAUUGGAUUCUCGAUGUUUUCGUGCGUCGUGCUGUUUUUCGCGGCGUCCACGGCCUCGGUGGGAGGCAUCUCGACGGGAGCUCUUUUCCUGAUCUUCGAGUCCUUCUUCACGGUGUUGCUCUACUUCCUCGUCGUCGCCUCCUUCUGCCUGGGGCUGCUCUGGUUCCAGCGGAGUUUCCGCGUGGCGUUUUGGCCGGAGCUCGUCGACUUGAUUCACCGCCGCGAGUACGCGGGCCUGCCGCUGCUCUCUUUGGCUGAGCUGAAGCACCUGAACCUCGCGGUCGCGGACGAAGAAAAAGGCGACAAACAGGGGCGGUCUACGGACGACGAAAGCCCCUCGAGCGCGGACCGAGUCGCGCGACACGCAGACGAGACGAAGGAAGCCCCGCCGACGGAGAAGGCAAAGGGCGAACAACGGAGGCACAGGCUGAGGGAAUGGGUUACGAACUCGCUGCUGCGAAAGAGCCGAGAAAAGACAGCCUCGGCGGCUCGCAAUGGUCGAUAUAUGGGUUUGCCUUCUCGGAGCCCACCCCAUCCGCGUGACCCUGCAACGCUCGCUGAGCAUCUGAGGCUUCCCGGCACUGCACAUGCGGCCGUCCCCUGCCCGGACCCCCCCCCCCCUCCCCCCACUGCCCUCGCUUCUUCCUAA